AUGUGGAAAAUGAAUUCUUCAAUAGAACGUAAAGAUCACUCUACUCAAAAUGCAAAUUCCAUUAUCAAUGAGCGUAAGGCUAGUACUCCUUCCACUAGUACUACUAAGGGCUCCAUGAAUGUGCAAAACAAACCAGGGUUUCAGAAGAGAAUGAGUCUACCAACAAUUUCAGUCAAUGAUAAGCCGAUUAGAAAUAGACAGAGUUCAUUACCAGGCUAUAAUCCAUCAACUACUAUUGAUAAGCACCUCCAUGGUCACAUGUCACAGGAUUUAUCAUCAGCAGCGACAGGAAUGUUCUCUGAAUGUAUGUUCCAGCCACCACCAAAGGCUAAGGAUGAAUUACCACCUUCGCCAUCAUCCAUCCAUACCAAACCUGAUUGGAUUGACUUAGAAUAUUCAAAGCGUAAUCCUCCAGCUCAAUCUCCAUCCUGCAAGAUUAAACGCCAUCAAAAUCAAAAUACUCCAAAUUCUGGUUGGCAUAAUACUAAUCCCUCCCAUUACCAUGGUAAAAGGCACCCUGCAAGAUCAUACUCGAGUACCUUUGCCCCAGAUAGGAAAAGGUUAGUCAAUCAAUUUCUAAAAUCUGUAGAGCCAGUUCCAUCAAAUGACUCCACAUCGACAAAAGAACAGACACCAUCUACUUUGACGCCCUCUACUGGUAUAGACCCUGAGAGCAUCUACUUAGGUCAAAAAAGCUCGUUGCAUGCCCUUUUAUAUUUCGAUUUGGAACAAUUACAGCGGUCUAUGGCUAAGCCCCCACAGGUGUCUGUAACAGGUCCUCCCGGAUCAUCCUCCACAUCGUCAGUCUCGUCAUCUUCAGUUUUGCCGGAGGAGAAUUCGUCAUCUUCAUCAAGUUUAUUUGGAGUUUCUGAUGAAUCUUAUAUGCCGCCUGAAUUCGACAUCGAUACGGCUACCUAUGAUCUUAAUAGCGGAAUAUGUCAGAACUAUAAUGAACUAGACUACUGCAGGAAACAUGUAGCAACUCAGUUGCAUAAUUUCGAAAACGUUAUCAAGCAAAGUUUUAAGGAGAUCAUCAUUAAGGAUGAAUUUGAAUUUCAGAAGAGUUUAAAAACAUUUGAUUCACUCGUAGGUGACCUAAGAAAACUAAAGGAGCAAGUAUUACAGAUGUAUGAAUCUAUUAAAAAUAAGAGUCUUGUGUCUUUGAGAAGAGAAUUUGACGAAAAUGAACAAGGUACCUUUAUAUCAAGAACAAAUGCUGCGGUGGAAGCCAACGUACGACAAUUGAGAAGUUUAGAGAAUAGAAUUGAAAUCUCAAAGAGAAAAUUGGUACGACAAAAGGAUACUUUGAAGAAGAUGGAAAGUUUAUUAUCUUUGAAGGACGAUAUGUUAGCGUCUCAAAGAAAUACAAAAUUGGCAUAUCAAUACCGAUAUAUGGUUUUUGAUCUUGGUGUUUUUACGGUUUUAAUCUGCAUCUUUGCUUUGGGUAAACUUUUAUUGUGA